AUGCCAGUCACUAACGAGCUCAAAGUCAAGCUUACUUUCUUCCAUCGCGAAAGCCAUGUUUCACCUGAUGCAAUUCCAAGUCCUAAUUUCGUUGGUAAUGCAGUGAAUGAUCUUUGGGACAUGGAAGCUUGCGCUUGGUCGUUGAAAAGAUCUGAUGACAUUCAGGAUCCUAUCAGUGGAGGAAGACAAGUUUGUCUGACACUGCGACACAAUAACAUCAGAGCCAACGACCGAGUAGCUGAGCAAGCUAUCUCGAAUCUCUGUACAUAUCUUUUCGAGGAGUCUUCGGUGAUAACCCUGGAUGAGCUCUUGGGCAGACAAAACCUCGUGAUGGCACCAUUCAAAGGUGACGAGAUGAGCGAGACCGAUAAAUUGUUCGGAAGGUAUUUCUCAAUGGAGCAUCUCAAGCAACUUAACAAUACUGGAGGCGCCGGAUUUGUUUGGCAAGAUACAGUACAGAAAACCGAUCGACCCAUAACGCGCAAUCUUAGCAAGUGGUUUCACGCUCCACUCUACGCGGGAUUAUGCGUCACCAACUUUUUCGUAUUCUUCGAAACUACCUUUCAAGGAUUCUCUAGUGAGAAUUUCGAGAAAAUGGCCUCCCUCAGUGACCCUGAAAUGGCAGAUCUGUUCGAACGGGGACAAUGGAUAUUACGCUGUGCUAAGGUCUUUGCAGCUUGGGCUCCACAAUCAAAAAAUAAAAUUGAGGCGCAACUUCAAGUGUUAAACACCGAGGACAAGAAAGAAGCUCUAUUCACAAAAACACGCAUUAUAAAGGAUAAAGGAAGUCUAUUCCGCUCGCAGGUUGCUUUUCUAAAUAAAAGGGAUCCGGGUGCAUUAGAGUCUCGUCAAAUUUGCAACACCAUGGCUGGAAUGAUUUCAGAUUGCGGAACCUUACACGAGUCGACCCUGGAAUACAUAGACAGCUGUGUGGCCAGUACAACAAAAGAUGCCGGGUUCACUGUCGCGGGAAUUGCCUUGGUUAUGGGUGCUGCGUUCGUGCCUGUGGCCGGGCCGAUACUUCUAGCCGCUGGUAUGGCGGGCAGUAUAUGUGGAGGAGGUCUUAUAGGGCAUUACGGAGUGAUGACCGCCAUCGAUGGAGUUGCUCUUCACAAAAGUAAAAAGCUCAAGAUAUUCGUGAGAGAAGUCCACAUUGCACUUAUGUCAUGUCGAUCAUUUCUUCUCCUUAUGCUUUGGAAUACUCAGCAAUCUCUACAAUCAGAGGAAGCCCAUUACCAGGAAUUUAAGAAGAUGAUUUCUAAGUGUUUGGGAGCUGAUUUAGACCGAUUUUCUGAGUCGGGCUAUGUCAACACAAUACUCACAUCGAUGGAAGAAGUCAUCAACAAAACCAUCGCAGAGUUCAGUGCGGAAGUUUCAAACAUUGCAUGA